AUGGUACUACCACUGUUACGGUUGGCCCCCGCCAGUCUGCUUUAUUCUUCUUGUUCCUUGGAGAAGACUCUGCAGUGCAGCGGUUCCUUCCAUGGGCUCCCCACGCCCUCCCUGCAGUGGUUGAUGGGAGGUGCUCCCAUGGGUCUGAACAACAUGAAUAACAUCUUCCAGGUGACUUUUAGCAUAAUUGCCCCUUGGGCCAACAGCACCAUCACCCUCCUCGGGGAGCCUGAAAUAACCAUGGGCCUCCACUGUGAGGGGAAGGACCGAUAUGGCAUCCAUACUUCAAGCAUCUUCCUCAUACCAGAUAAGAAUUCAGUUUCCAAUGCGUUCGUGAAAGGGCUGAUCCAGGGCGUCGUGUAUGGACCCAUUGCAUCAGCACUAUUCUCCUUCCUUGUUCUCCUUGCAAUGAAGAUGCGUAAGUGGUGGGAGGAGAGUCAUAUUCCCAUGGCCAAUGAGGCCCUGAUCUUCAAGAAACCAGAGCUGCUGGAGGAGCCAGAAACACCCGAGGAGUCUGAAGCUGAAACCUCACCUGCUUCUGUUACAGGAGGUGUCCUUAUUCAGAAUUCAAACACCUCAGGCCAAGCGCAAACAGAACCCCGGGCUCAGGGCUGCGAGGAUGAGAACGAAUUCCCGGUGGAGAGGGAAGAUCCAGGAAGUCACUCAGUCGUGCUGCCACAAACGUCCCCGGAGUGA